UUGAAAAUUUGAGGAAAAAAGAGGUAAAAAAUGACAGCUACUACGGGUAAUGAGGUUUUUGAAUCCAAAAUCACAGCCUAUGUUCUUUCUUGCUGGAUCCUGGCUGCUUUUGGUGGUUUGAUGUUUGGUUAUGAUAUCGGGAUUUCAGGUGGAGUGAGUGGGAUGGAUGAUUUCUUGAUAAAAUUCUUCCCGGCGGUGUAUGAAAAGAAGAAGCGUGCGGUGGAGAAUAAUUAUUGUAAAUUCGACAAUCAGAUGCUUCAGCUCUUCACUUCAUCGUUGUACAUGGCGGCGCUGGUGGCCAGCUUCGGUGCAUCUAAAGCUUGUAAUUUGCUCGGCCGGAAGCCCACCAUUCUCAUGGCGUCUGUCCUCUUCAUCAUCGGCGCCGCUCUCAGCGCUUUUGCUGAGCAUAAAUGGAUUCUCAUCUUGGGUCGCAUCUUCUUUGGUAUCGGUGUCGGGUUUGGGAACGAGACGGUGCCGUUGUUUUUGACGGAGGUGGCGCCGGUGCAACACAGAGGGGCGGUGAAUAUUCUGUUCCAGCUCCUCAUCACGGUCGGGAUAUUUAUUGCAAAUAUUGUGAACUACUUUACGCUGGAGAUGCAUCCUAACGGGUGGAGGGUGUCGCUCGGGCUGGCGGCGGUUCCGGCGGUGAUGCUGGGGCUGGGGAGCCUGGUGAUCAGCGAGACGCCGGCGAGUUUGGUGGAGAGGGGGAAGGUGGAGGAAGGGAGGGUGGCGUUGAAGAAUUUAAGGGGGGUGGAGAAUGUGGAGGCGGAGUUUGAGACGAUCGUGGCGGGAUGCGAGGCGGCGAAGCAGGUGAAGAGGCCGUUUAAGAAGCUGACGAAGAAGUCCGGCCAGCCUCAACUCAUCAUCUCCGUCCUCCUUCAAGUUUUCCAGCAGUUCACCGGCAUCAACGCCGUCAUGUUCUACGCCCCGGUUCUUUUCCAGACCAUGGGGUUCAAGGCCAAUGGGUCCCUCCUCUCCUCCAUCAUCACCGGGCUAGUCAACGUCCUGGCCACCUUCGUCUCCAUCUACACCGUCGACAAGGCGGGGCGGCGGAAGCUCCUCCUCCAAGGCUGCAUUCAGAUGGUGAUUUCCCAGAUGGCAGUCGGCAUAAUCCUCGCCACCAACCUGAAAACCACCGGCUCCCUAGACAAGACCCUCUCUACCGUGGUAGUGAUUCUCAUCUGCCUAUACGUGAUGGCGUUCGCCUGGUCGUGGGGGCCGCUGUGUUGGCUAAUCCCCAGCGAAAUCUUCCCGCUGGAGACCAGAACGGCGGGGUUCGCGUUCGCCGUCAGCACCAAUAUGCUCUGCACCUUCAUCAUCGCUCAAGCCUUCUUGUCAAUGAUGUGCGGGAUGCAAGCUUUCAUCUUCUUCUUCUUCUCGGCGUGGAUAGUGGCGAUGGGGCUGUUCGUGUUCUUCUUCGUGCCGGAGACGAAAGGGGUGCCGGUGGAUUUGAUGGUGGAGAAAGUGUGGAAGCAACACCCUGUGUGGCGGAAGUUCUUUAGGAGCGAUGUUAGGAGCUAUGAAAUGGCUUGAAUUGAAGAUCGAAGAAGAAGAAGACAGAGAUCGAGAUCGGCCAUGCAUGAAGUCCUCUUUCAUUUCUAUGCUUACAAUAAGAUUGCUAUUGUUCAUCCUAGCUAUGAGCGAUAAUAUUCAAUUUGGACGGAGCAUUAAAAUAAAAUUUGGUCCCUUGUCAUUGUAAUUGCCUUUCAAUCAAUUUUCAUACUCUGUUAAAAUCCCUGUU